CUAUCAAUUACGUCAACACUGCAGUGGACUUUAGUUCCUACAGGUAAUCCAGAGGGAGUGACUCUUUCCCUGAACAGCCGAAACGCGUGUAGACAUGGCAAAAUUCUUAUCACAAACUCAGAUUGAUGAGUUCAAAGAAUGUUUCUCACUUUAUGACAAGAAGCGAAAGGGGAAGAUUGAAGCCAAAGACCUUAUUACUGUCAUGCGCUGUUUGGGUACAAGUCCCACAUAUAAUGAAGUGGACAGACAUCUGCAAAUCCACAAAAUAGAUAAGACAGGGGAGUUGGACUUUUCCACAUUUCUAACCAUGAUGCACAGACAGAUGCAGCAGGAGGAUCCUAAGACUGAAAUUCUGGAGGCUAUGCGCAUGACAGACAAACACAAGAAGGGCUACAUUCUGGCCUCUGAGCUACGGGCUAAACUCACUGGCUUGGGAGAAAAGCUUACUGAAAAAGAAGUGGAUGAGCUUUUUAAAGAGGCUAAUGUUGGACGUGAUGGACUCGUUUAUUAUGAGGAGUUCACCAGAAUGGUCACACUUCCUACAGUGGACUACUAAUGAAGAAGAGUGGGAUUGGCCCUUACCCUGAAUAAUGCAGUUAUUUACUAGCAAGAAUGAGAUAUUUUUGUUCUGUGUAUACAUUGUAUAUAAAAAUAACAAGUCAUUAAAUGUUAAAAUGAAAAAGUCA